AUGUUCUCUGUUCUCCCAGACUUGACGCCGCGGGAAUCUCACUCCCUCUGGUACACUUCCUCCCGCCACCCCUCCUCCCUGUACCCAACAGACCCUCCAGCCGUUACAACCGAAAACACAACAACCAUCACCAUCCCCACAACAACAACUACGACCGCGAUCGCAACCCAAAACACGCCGGUCCCGAACCCAUCAACAACCCCCGCCGGCACCCGCCAGGGCCCCAACGCCCACCACCAAUCCCCCAGCGCAACGGCGCAGAUAAUUGACCGCUCGCUCCUCGGCCGGCUGCACGCCGAGGAGCAGUUGAUGGAGCGGCGGCGCGCGGCCGUGACCAACCUGGGCAGCACGUGGCUCAAGCCUCCCGGGGUGACCAAGACGUUGUUCCAGAUGCGGGAGGAGCGGCGCGAGGCCGAGGAACACGCCGAGGCUCUGCGGCGCGAGAUGCUCGCGCAGGAGCUGGCGGCUGCCGAGGCCGAGGCGCAGGCGCAGGCGGCUGCUGCUCUGCAGGCUGGGGAAGAAGGGCUGGGGGACAUUGAGGGGGAUGGGGAGGAUGAUUUUAUGGAGGCGGAGGAGGCCGGGAGGGAUUUGGAUGAGGAAAUUCCGAACGCGGAUGCUGAGGGGUUUGGGUAUGAUGGGGUUAGUGAUGACGAGGAGGGGGAGGACGAGGACGAGGAGGAUGAAGAGGAUGAGGAGGAAGAGGAGGAGUUGAGUGAGGCGGAGCAGGGAAUGUCAUCUGUCGAUAUUCAGCAGCGACGACAAGAGAUUGCCCACAUGCGCGCGCGAGAGGAGCGCAUGCGCCAGAUGAUGGUUCGCGGUGCCGUUCAGAGAGCUCAUGCCCUCAGCAAUCUCUACAGUGGCGAGGAGGACAUCAGCGACGACGAAAGGGGUCAGCUCUUGGAUGAGGACACCCUGUACAGGGACGGCGCGCAUCAGGGGUCCACUGCCUCGGUUGGAGCUGGCUCGGACAUGGACAUGGGUGCAAACUUGGACGACGACAUUCCCGAGGCAGAGGGCGGCGGCUAUGAGCACACUGACUCCGAGGCUUCGCUCAACAGCAAUGGUGAUCACGACAUCAGCUACGCCCGCAGCUCACGAAUACUCCACCAUAGAAGCAGUCUCCGUCGGAGCGAAGCGCCAAGGUCGAGUCUCGAUAUCAGUGGGCUCUUGUCCGGAGACGGGAGCAGCAUCGCGGGCAGCAGCCCGCAUAUUCGGAGGGGUAAUUUCUAG